AUGUAUAAUAAUAAAAUGGUUAACUAUGAAAAAAAGAGAGGAGAAAUAAAUUUUAUAAAGAGUGAAAAAUAUCACCAUAAUAAUAACAGUUUUAACAAAAAUAUCGAAAAAAUAAAUACAGAAAAAUGUGAACGAGCAUCUAUAUUACUUGACAAUUUGAGCAUGUUGGAUUAUUCAAAUUUAAAUGAUAGUGAGAAAAGGAGUAAUAGUAUAUAUAGUGAAAAUUGUAAAGUUUUAAAAAGAAAUGAAUUAAAUUAUAUGAAUUCAGGAAAUAUAGGGAAUGAUAGAUAUAAAAGACGUUCCUUAACAUGUAAUAAUUUUACAAAUGAAAAUAAAAAAUUAUUAUAUGAAAGAGAAAAGCCAAAUUUUAAAAAUAUAAAUCACCAAAUUGGAAAUAGCCUUAUUAAUAGUUAUAGUGAUUAUUAUUUAGAAAAUGAAAAGAAAGAUUGGAAUCAAUUUAACAAUGUUUCUAAUUAUAAUAUGUUUGAUUUAGGUACUUAUGAUAAUGAAGAUGUAGAUAUAUCUUUAUAUAAAGAUGAAAGAAAUAUAAUGAUUGGUAAUUGUAAAAAGGAUAAUCCUUGUAAUGAUAGGUUAAUAAAUUUUCAAAAAAGAAAACAUGUUAAUAAUAAUAAUGAAGAAGAUAUAAAAUUUGAAUGGGUUAAGGGAAAUAAAGAUGAUUAUAAUGGAAAAAAUAAGACAUUUUAUAAAGGUGAUAAAAAUGUAAAUAAAAUCGAAAUGAAUCGGAAAAAAAUAGACAAAGAGGAUAAAUAUAUAUUCAAUUUGAAGAGUGGGAAAAAAGAACGAAUAGAUAUGAAAGUGUGUAAGGACAAAAAUAAAAAGGAUGCAAAAAAGGAUGCAAAAAAAGAUGCAAUUAGUGAAUGGUAUUAUAAUAAUGGUGAAGAAAAUAAAACGUUUGAAAAUAUAAUGAAAAGAGAAUUUGAUAUAAAGUUGAAUAAAAUGAUUGAAAAAUAUAAAAUAAAAGAUGAAGAAAAAAAGGAAGUAACAAAUAUUAUUUAUAAAAAAUAUAUGAAUAUAAAAAAUGGCUUAAUAAAAGAAAGUUAUGAAAAAAAAAAAUUAAAAAAUGAAAAUGAAAAAUUAAAAAAUGAAUUAAUGGAAUUAAUUAAAUCACCUGUUGAAAAUAACAUGAUUUGUGAUUAUAAAAAGAAAUUAGAAGAUUAUAUAUAUUUGUCAAAAAAUAAAGAUAUCGAAAUUAAAAAAUUAGAAAAUGAAUUGAUAAAUAUAAAGAAUAAGUUAAAUGUGUUUGAAAAAGAAUGUCUUAUUUUGUCUGGUGAAAAAGAAAAGUUAAGGGAUAGUAAUGAUAAAAUUAAAAAGGAUAAUAUAAACUUAAAAAAAAAAUUAGAAACUUUUAAAAUUGUGAAUGAAGAAAUGAAAGAAAUUUUAUUUUAUAAAGAUUUGAAAAUAAAUUAUUUUUAUAGUAUAAUAAAUCUUCUUGAUUCAACAAUAAUAAAAGAGGAAAUUCAAAAGGCAAUGUUUUCAAAGGCAAAAAAAAGAGUAGAAGAUUUCGAGGGUAUAGAUAAUGGUAGCAUUAAUAGCCAAAAAAUGGAGGAUGAUUGUCUAAAAAAUAUUGAUGGGCGUCAAAGCUUUAAGGGAGAUAAAGAAAUGGGGGCAAUAAAAAAUAUGAACAAGAAAAUAAUAAUAAAAUCAUUUGCUCAAAAAAUCGAAGAUGUAAAUAAAAAAAUAAAAAAACACAUGAAUGCGCUUGAUAGUUAUGAAAAUAAAAUGAGCAAUAUUUUAUAUGACAGUCAUGAAAUUGGUGAAAUUGGCGAAAUUGGCGAAAUUGGCGAAAUUUGUGAAAAUAAUGAAAAUGGCGAAAAUACAAGCGAGAAAAAUAAAAAAGACAAUGAGUUACUUGACAAAUAUUUUAAUUGUGAAAAUUUGUGUUUUAAUGAAAAUGAAUUAAAUUUAUCUGUAGGAAGUGGUGGGUUAAUUACAUUUUUCGCAAAAAGUAAUUCAAAGGAUAAGAAUUAA